CGGCGUCCGGGAGCAGCACAGCAUGAAGUUCGCAGCGAGGGUCCUCGCGCUGUACUCCGAGUUCAAGGCGUGCCUGUCGGCUCCUGGCGCUCCAACGAUGGGGCAGGUGGCAAGGCGAUCCAGGCACACGCCGGCCGAGUUCUACACGACCGUGGUGCAGUGCGCUGUCCGGACGAGCCGCUCACACCUCGUCGACGGGAUCAUCCAGGACAUGGUCCAGUUCGGGGUCGAGCGGAGCCUGCACUUCUACGAGGUCACCAUGAAGCAGCUGGCGGCCCAGAAGCAGUACCGGCAGGCGCUCGCCACCUACGACCGCCUGAAGGAGGACGGACUGGAGCCGUCCGUGGUAACGUGCAGCUGCCUGAUCGGCUUCGCUGCCGAGGUCGGAGAGCUCAGCCGAGCCGUGGAGUUCUUCAAGGUCCUGUCCUCGAUGACGACGCCGUCCAUCCGAGCGUACAUGACGGUGCUGCGGGUGCACGCCAAGCGCCAGGACUGGGCUGCCUCUCUCGCGCUCUUUCGGGAGAUGCGGGAGCGCGGGGUGAAGCGGGACAGUCUGGUCCUGAACUUCGUCCUCGCGACGGGCGUGUCCGCCGACCAGGUCGAGGAGGCGGCCGCGCUCGUCGAAGAGGCCCAGCACGAAAAGCCAGGCAUCCUCGACGUCGUGUCCUACAACACGGUGAUCAAGGGCUACACGCAGCGCGGCGAUGCAGAGGGCGCUCUCAAGAUGCUCGCGCAGAUGGGCUCCCGGGGCGUGACCCCGAAUUCGAUCACCUUCAACACCGCCAUGGACGCCGCAGUCCGGGGCGGCAGAGUGGCCGAGGCGUGGAACCUGCUGGGAGCCAUGCGCCGCAUGGGCCUGACCCCCGACAAGUUCACCUGCUCCAUCCUGGCCAAGGGCCGGUGCCAGGAGUACGUCCCAGAGGUCCUCGAGCUGCUGAGGGAGGCGGGGGGCAGCUGCGAC